AUGACCCGGAAAAUGUGGUCUUUAAUUCCUGUGCUGGAUUGCUCCCAGCUGCUGAGACGCUGCCCUUCGCGGUGCAAACUCGCCGUGUUCCCCGUCAACACCCCCGAGCCCCGGGCGGACUCCCUCGAGUGCACCAUGUCGGACGAAGCCUUCGUGACGUUGGCCACUAAUGAUAACUACGCAAAAGGAGCCAUGGUUCUCGGCCAGUCGUUACGAGAACACCACACUACCAAGAAGCUGGUCGUCCUCAUCGGACGGCAUGUGGGAGAGCCUUGCAGAGAAGUGCUGCGUUCCAUCUUCGAUGAGGUGCACCUGGUGGACAUCUUGGACUCUGGUGACGUGGCCCACCUGGCCCUGAUGAAGAGACCCGACUUGGGAGUCACGCUGACCAAGCUGCACUGCUGGACGCUCACGCAGUAUACAAAGUGUGUGUUCAUGGACGCCGACACACUGGCACUCACCAACAUCGACGAUCUCUUUGAGCGGGAGGAGCUAUCAGCAGCGCCAGAUCCCGGUUGGCCGGACUGUUUCAACUCGGGGGUGUUUGUCUUCCGGCCAUCCAACGAGACGCACGAGAAGCUGCUGGCGUUCUGCGACGAGAACGGCAGCUUUGACGGUGGAGAUCAGGGGGUGCUCAACAGUUUCUUCAACACGUGGGCCACAGCUGACAUUUCCAAGCACCUCCCCUUUAUCUACAACCUCAGCAGCAGCGCCGUCUACUCCUACCUGCCUGCUGUUAAACACUUCGGCCGCGACGCCAAGGUGGUCCACUUCCUGGGCAAGACCAAGCCUUGGAACUACACGUACGACGCCCAGAGCGGCGAGGUGGUGGGCCGCUCCGACGAUCCGGACUCGGGCCGCCUGCAGUCAAACUUCUUGCGGGCGUGGUGGCGGCUGUACGCCGCCUCGGUGAUGCCAUUGCUGCAGCGGGCCUAUGGGGACGAGCCGUUCGACAGCGGCUUUGUGGAGGCUGGAGAGGACGACAAGCUCCGGGAGGACAAGGGGGAGCAGCCGUCCGCCGCCGCCUCAGCAGCAGCAGGCGCCGCGUCGGACACUCCCAUUCCCCACCAGAUCUCCUCUGAGGAGAGGAAGCAGCGCUGGGAAGCGGGCGAGAUCGACUACAUGGGCGACGACUCCUUUGUCAACAUCGAGCGCAAGCUGGAUGCUUUCCUCAAGUAGCGCCGAAGCAUGGCAGGGCCUGAACGGACAGAGGGGCCUUUUCAGGGAUGGAUUCCCCCUCCACACACACACACACCCACCCCAUGGCUAAUCACUGAAGAUUAAUUAGAAGAUUGGCCUUCCCGGUGCCUUUGAGCAUCACUAACUGCACCUUGUCAGUGUGCGUGUGUAUGAGAGUGCAUGUGUUUUCAAGGAAAAAUAAACACUGUUAACUGAAAUUAGUUAGCAUUAGCAUCUUAGCAAAAGCACUGGAUGGAUACAGUAGGAAAUUUGAUAAAGGCCACUCUCACACAGAAUGGGCUGGAGUGGAGCGGGGGUCAUGUAUGCUGGGUUUGUUCUUGGCACUGUGUGCUGAGCUAGUUUUUGGUUGGUUGCCUGGCAACUGCUCAGAAGGGGAAUAAGUUCAGGACAGUAAGGGGGAGAGGGUGGGGGUUUAGAAAGUUAAGAAUGACAUGCAUUCCUGUGAAGUGUUUUGGGUUCCUCGGUCUUCCGAAAAUGUCAUCCUGCACACUUUUUUGCCAAACGGUAGCACAACUAUUUCCUCUUUCUGCUUUAACCUGUCAAUGUGCACCCCUUCCUGCUGCACUUUCAACGUCCAGUUCCGUCUCGGGUGUCGUUUUUCGUUAAACACGAAAGUGCAGCUCCCCCCCCCCCC